AUGGAAAGAUUUCAGUCAAACAUGCGCAAACGGUUGUACAGCCUUCCGCAAAACAUUGGGCAAAAACCCUUCGUGAUUGACGAAGGAGACAACGGCGACAAGGACACUAUGAGGAAAAGUAUUCGGCUAAAACAUUUGCCCUCCCCGUCUCCUGCAAGCAGUUGCAAGAGCAUUGAGGAGGCCAGGAGCGAAGACUUGGGAAGGGACGUUACUGUGAAGACUAACUUGAACGGGGACUGUCGCUUAUUCCGGGGCAGCAUCUCCUCCAUCACCGGGCGGCAUCCUCCCGGGUCAGAUCCCGCGGAGCAGCGGCGCCUCAUCCCGGGAGCCAGCGAGAGUUUCCCCGGUGAGCUGAGCCCCGGGGCCCAGCAGCGGGCAGCGGGGGGUCUGAGUGCCACGGCCGGGCAAGAAUCAACGUUUGAACAGUCAAGUUUCAUCAAGUUAGAAGGAACCGAUCAAAUCAUACCUGAGGAUGACCGGCUGUACCAAACCGGCUUCAUGCACCGGCAGUUUGGGGCGAUGCUCCAACCAGGAGUCAACAAGUUUUCCCUGCGGAUGUUGGGGAGUGAGAGGGCCGUGGAGCACGAGAGGGAGCGAGUGAAGUCUGCUGGUUUCUGGAUAAUCCACCCGUACAGUGAUUUUAGGUUUUACUGGGAUCUGACCAUGCUGCUGCUGAUGGUGGGAAACCUCAUCAUCAUCCCUGUGGGCAUCACCUUCUUCAAGGACGAGCACACGCCGCCCUGGAUCGUCUUCAACGUGGUCUCGGACACCUUCUUCCUCAUGGACCUGGUCCUCAACUUCCGCACAGGUAUCGUGAAGGAGGACAACACGGAGAUCAUCCUGGACCCGCAGAAGAUCAAGAUCAAGUACCUGAAGACCUGGUUCGUGGUGGACUUCAUCUCCUCCAUACCCGUGGACUACAUCUUUCUCAUCGUGGAGACGCGCAUUGACUCAGACUUUUACAAGACGGCCCGAGCCCUGAGGAUCGUCCGCUUCACGAAGAUCCUCAGUCUGCUGCGGCUGCUGCGCCUCUCCAGACUCAUCCGCUACAUCCACCAGUGGGAAGAGGUUUUCCAUAUGACCUAUGACCUGGCUAGUGCCAUGGUGCGCAUCAUGAACCUGAUUGGUAUGAUGCUGCUGCUGUGCCACUGGGACGGCUGUCUGCAGUUCCUGGUCCCCAUGCUGCAGGACUUCCCCCACGACUGCUGGGUCACCAGGAACAAGAUGGUGAAUGACACCUGGGGUCAGCAGUACUCCUACGCCCUGUUCAAGGCCAUGAGUCACAUGCUGUGCAUCGGGUACGGCCUGUACCCCCCCAUCGGCAUGGCUGAUGUGUGGCUCACCAUCCUCAGCAUGAUCGUGGGCGCGACCUGCUUCGCCAUGUUCGUGGGCCACGCCACUGCCCUCAUCCAGUCCCUGGACUCCUCACGGAGGCAGUACCAGGAGAAGUAUAAGCAAGUGGAGCAGUACAUGUCCUUCCACAAGCUCCCUGCCGACAUGCGCCAGAGGAUCCACGAGUAUUACGAACACCGAUACCAGGGCAAGAUGUUUGACGAGGAGAGCAUCAUGGAGGAGCUGAACGAGCCACUAAGAGAGGAGAUUAUCAACUUCAACUGUCGUAAACUGGUGGCCUCCAUGCCUCUGUUUGCCAACGCUGAUCCUAAUUUUGUCACCUCCAUGUUGACAAAGCUGCACUUUGAGGUCUUCCAGCCGAGCGACUACAUCAUCAGAGAGGGAACCAUCGGAAAGAAGAUGUACUUCAUCCAGCACGGCGUGGUCAGCGUCCUCACCAAGAGCAGCACCAUCUGCGGGGUCCAGCCCUCAGACACCAAGCUGUCCGACGGCUCCUAUUUUGGAGAGAUCUGCCUGCUGACCCGAGGUCGGAGGACGGCCAGCGUGCGAGCAAAUAACUACUGCCGGCUGUACUCUCUGUCGGUGGACAACUUCGACGAGGUGCUGGAGGAGUACCCCAUGAUGAGGAGGGCCUUCGAGACCGUGGCCCUCGACCGCCUGGACCGCAUCGGUAAAAGGAACUCUAUUCUUCAGAGUAAAGUCCAGCAUCACCAAUCUGCUGGCGCACUAAACUUCCAGGAGACGGAGAUCAUCCAAAGAAUCGUGCAGCACGACCGCGACAUGGCCCAGUGCACACAGCUGAUCCAGGGCAGCUCACAGAGCCUACACCCUUGUCCGCCCCCCCCCUCACCCACCCCGGUCAUCUGGGCCCCGCUGAUCCAGGCCCCGCUCCAGGCUGCUGCCACCACCACCCCUCUGGCCCUGGCCUUGGCCCACCACUCCCAGCUGCCCCCCAUCCUCUUCCACCAUCCUCUGACCCCCGCUCCCCUGAAGGACCCGUCCUUCCAUCAGAAGAUAGUCCACAUCGGAGCCAACACGUCCAGUAGCUAUGUCCCUGGUUCUCCUUCCAGCUCCAUCAAUUACAGAUCUGGGAUUGAGACUCCCCUGCUGGCGUCCCUCAGGCCGCAGCACCUCAUCGCGGGGUCCGUGACCCCCACCCUGACGUCCCAGCCCAUCUUCACCAGCAGCCUGCAGCCUCUGGCCCCUCCGCCCUCACACCAGCUCCCGCUCCAUCCUCCCCAUUCUGGCAUAGCCUCAGUGUUCCCCAUGAGCCAGACCACCGUCUCCUACACCUGCUCUGCACAGCUCCACCCUCAACCCUUCCACGGGGUCAUGACCACCUCACCACACCCCAUAGGUUUACUCCAGCAGGGGGCACCAGGGAGGUUUUCAGGGAGGUUCGCAGCCCCCUCUGCCUCCACCAUAAGCCCCCUCAUCUGCAGCUCAGUGGGCCCAUUAAUCAGCCAGCUGCAGCCGCCCUCACACGGCACGGCGCAGCAGAUGGGGUUCGUUCACGACAGAGCGUUCAGGACGUCCAGCGGUCCGUACCUCUCGCAUCUCCCUUUCAUCCCCAGCACUCAGUCCUUCGCUGGAUUUAUGCAUCCAGUGUCAGCAGUCGGAGGGGGGGCCGCAGCCUCCCUGGCGCAUCAGAGCCUCGCAGGCCUGCAGUCUGUUUUCCUCCCCCAGUUUCUCCCCGAGCAUUCGGCCCUGGCCUCCCUGGCUCAGUACGGCUCUGGUGAAGUCUCGCCCUGCUACACGCCUCCGGUCCACAGCCCCAGCAUACAGAGCCCCGCCAUGGGACGGACAUUUUACAACAUUGAGCUCCCCAGCGCUGUGGGGGCUCGCAGCCCUCUGACCCCUCAGACCUCCUGUCCUGCCCGGGUGGCCUACACCAUCACAGACGGGGUCGAGUUCUCGGGGGAACUCUACACCCAGGAAAUAAAGACUAUCUCAGGCUCUCACAGCUCCACAUACCAGGAAAGGCCUUUGGCCAUGAGCUGCUCCCCAGAGGGGGUGGUGGGGGUCUCCAGCCCCUUCUCCUCCCCCAUGGCUGUCAGUAAACCAUACAGCCUGAUCCCGGGUCAAGCUGCUCCUGUCAUUCGGACACAUUCAGGGCCCGAACCUCAGAUCCAGCCUCCUGCUGUUCUUUCUCCCCAUGCUAGAUCCCCUGCUAAAAUGAUGGAGACCGAACACAAACAGUCCACACUUCCAUCCAACUUGUGA